AUGGCCGAAGAAGAGAAGAAGAGAUUUCUCGAUGGCAACGAGAUGGAACUUGGAGAGAAGCAGGGCAGGACUUUCAGCCCUCCGCAGCAUUCUCCUCCCAGGUUCUCGCCGCCCUCGAGCAACUGGCAGAACAAUCCCAUUCUACCCGUCCUGAGUUACUGCGCCUCUUCCAUUUUCAUGACCGUCGCCAACAAGUACAUUCUCUCGUUUCCAGACUACAACCUGAACUUCCUCCUCCUGGCGGUCCAAUCCACUGUUUGUGUCGUGGCCAUCCAAUCCUGUAAGACUGCAGGCAUCAUUACCUACCGAGAUUUCAAAACAGAUGAGGCCAAAAAAUGGUUUCCCGUGUCACUGCUACUCAUCGGCAUGAUCUACACAGGCACCAAGUCCCUCCAAUUUCUCUCGAUCCCAGUGUAUACGAUCUUCAAGAACUUGACCAUUAUUUUGACCGCAUACGGUGAAGUUUUGUGGUUCGGAGGCUCUAUUUCUUCGAUGACCCUGUUUUCCUUCGGAUUGAUGGUUCUUAGUUCCAUCGUUGCCGCUUGGGCCGAUAUCAAGCAUGCUCUAGAGUCACACGGAUCUCAUAACGCUGCCGCUGCAAACCAGCAGUUGGCGACAUUGAAUGCUGGCUAUAUCUGGAUGCUUUUCAAUUGCUUUUGCACUUCUGCCUACCUUCUUGGUAUGCGCAAGCGCAUCAAGCUCACCAAUUUCAAGGAUUUUGACACCAUGUUCUACAACAACCUUUUAACCAUCCCCGUCUUGAUCAUUGGAUCUUUCAUUGUGGAAGACUGGUCCUACGUCAAUAUCGGCAAGAAUUUCCCGGUCGAUUCCAGAAAUGCCAUCUUUGGAGCCAUGAUUUUCACUGGCCUUUCCUCGAUUUUCAUCUCAUACACCUCUGCGUGGUGUGUCCGUGCGACCUCCUCCACUACCUACUCCAUGGUCGGCUCACUCAACAAACUUCCGAUUGCCAUCUCCGGUCUCAUCUUUUUCGAUGCGCCAGUCACCGUUCCCAGCGUUUCUGCAAUCUUCAUUGGAUUUGUGAGUGGCAUUGUAUACACCUUGGCAAAGGUUCGAGAUAGCUCAAAACCGAAGACUGGUCUUCUUCCAACUUCCAACACAAUGAGUGCCAGCAGUCAGAGCAAUCGUGAUAGUCUCAAAUCAUAG